AUGGCACGAAAAGGUACGGCCAAGCUGGAAGAGUUGUUGCGACUAGAGAAAGACAUUCAGUCUUACUGGGAUUCGCAACGUUCAUUUGUUGCUGAUAAAAAGGAUGAGAAAGGAGCCUCUGCAGAUAAGCUAGUCAGGGAAUGUGAGGAAUACGGCUGUCCCCCUAAAUUCCCAGCUGAGGAUCUUGGGUCCGUUCGCGAAGUUUCAGAGUCCAAAGAGGUUGGGCAGGAAUCAACCAAGAGCAAGAAAAGCAAGGCUUCUGCAAAAUCCGGUGAUGUGAAGUUUCAGUGGCAAAUAAUGGAGAGCCUCGGUAUUGACCCUACUGAGAUUCCCAGGUUCAGAGACCCCAUGUAUUGGUUGGAGUAUUUUCCAGCGAGAACCAUCUCUGAUCUAAAGCGCCUUGGGAUUAAAGUGGAUUGGCGUCGUUCGUUUGUGACAACCGAGAUCAACCCGUUCUAUGAUUCCUUCGUGCGUUGGCAAUAUCUUCGCCUGAGAAAGCUCGGAAAGGUACAGUACGGAAAACGGUACACGAUAUUCUCUCCAAAAGAUAAUCAACCUUGCAUGGAUCACGAAAGGAGCGUUGGAGAGGGCGUUGGUCCUCAGGAGUACACUCUCAUUAAACUGAAGCUAAUCUCGGAUCCACCUAUUCAACUCAGCUCAAUCGACCGCAUGAAAGAGCCCAUUUAUCUCACCGCAGCAACGUUGCGUCCGGAAACAAUGUACGGUCAAACCAACUGUUGGCUUCAUCCCGAUAUUGACUAUGUUGCCGUUCGCUCCGUCCGCGCCUCUUGCAUUCUCAUCUGCACCGAGCGCGCUGCUACCAAUAUGGCGUUCCAAGGUAUUUUGCAUCCGAAUGAACCGGGUCGCGUUGAUAUUGUGGCUCGAAUGAAGGGUGCUGAUUUGUUCGGUAUGAAAGUGGAAGCCCCGCUUUCACUGUACACUGAUGGCGUUUACGUGCUGCCUAUGCUUUCAAUACGUCCAAACAAAGGUACGGGUGUCGUGACCAGCGUGCCCAGUGAUGCUCCGGAUGACUGGGCAGCUUUGCGUGACUUGCGGAAGAAACAGGCACUGCGUGAGAAAUAUGGAAUAAGGGACGAUAUGGUCAUGCCGUUCGAUCCAGUGGAAAUCAUCGCAACUCCUGGUUUGGGAAACAUGGCUGCAGUCACCAUUGUUGACCAGAUGAAAAUCCAGAGUCAAAACGACACAGACAAAUUACAGGAGGCGAAAGAAAAGGUCUAUCGAGCCGGAUUCUACGAUGGCGUUAUGCUAGUUGGUGAUCACAAAGGCUCCAAAGUCCAGUCAGUCAAGAAAGAGGUUCAGUCGGACAUGGUGGAUAAGGGUCAAGCACUUAUCUAUUACGAACCGGAACGUACCGUCAUCUCCCGAAGCGGUGAUGAGGCCGUCGUUGCUCUGUGUGAUCAGUGGUACUUAGACUAUGGCGAAGAGGACUGGAAAGCUGUUACGCAAAAGGCCCUGGACCAACUGUCGGUGACUGAUGAGGUACGAAGAGGUUUUCAAGCCACCUUGGAAUGGCUUCAUGAGCAUGCCUGUUCUCGUACUUAUGGGCUUGGGACUCGUCUGCCGUGGGAUGAUAAAUGGCUGAUCGAGUCGUUAUCGGAUUCUACAAUCUACAUGGCUUACUACACAGUUGCGCACUUUCUUCAAGAAGGUUGUCUGGAUGGCAGAAAGGUCGGCCCAUUAGGAAUCAGGCCGGAGCAUAUGACCCCCGAGGUCUGGGACUAUGUUUUCCUUGGAAAAGGCGAGCCGGCAAAAAUCAUUGCCGGACAACCCAGGUCAUCACUAACCAUUUCCAGUCUGAAGAAGCUGCGAGAUGAAUUCCUCUUUUGGUAUCCAGUAGACAUGCGAUCUAGCGGAAAGGAUUUAAUCCCCAAUCAUCUCACCUAUUUCCUCUAUAACCAUACGGCCAUUUGGCCCAACCAGCCGAACUUAUGGCCUAGGUCCGUUCUAGCCAAUGGGCAUCUGCUUUUGAAUUCUGCAAAGAUGUCCAAAUCAACUGGGAACUUCCUAACUCUGGCGGAUGCGAUUGAAAAGUAUUCUGCUGACGGUGUUCGACUAGCACUCGCGGAUGCGGGCGACUCACUAGACGAUGCAAAUGUCAAAGAAGAGAUGGCUGAAGCAGGUCUGCUCCGCCUGUAUGGAUUAUUAGACUGGAUCGGACAGACUUUAAAGGCGAUGUCUGAGGACGGCGGGUCUGGCUAUCGAACUGGACCGGAGCGCACACAUGCGGAUUUAGUUUUCAAAAAUGAUAUGGGGCGCACUGUUGAACUCGCUGAAAAGUUUUACACUGCCCAUCAGUACAAAGAAGUUCUCAAGACAGUGUUUUAUGAGUUUCAAGCUUGCCGAGACCGCUAUCGAGAGGUUAGCCAAGGAUCAGUCCACAGGGAUCUGUUAAGCGAAUAUAUUCUUCUCCAGACUGUACUGCUGAGUCCCAUUUGCUCACAUGUUUGCGAACACAUCUGGCUGAAUUUAAUGCAUAAAAAGCAUUCGAUUUUUCUCACAUCAUGGCCGAAAGUGUCCCAGCCUGUCGAUCCGCUACUCACUCUACAAGGUCGCUAUGUGGAUGACGCAGCUCACCAGUUCCGUCUCCAGCUUGCGCAGCGACAGUCAUUAAAGAACGCCAAGGCAACAAAAACGGAGAGCGGUGCAGCCGUCGACUCACAACUUCCACCUGAAGAAGCUACCGUGUGGGUGGUUAGGCAAUACCCACCAUGGCAAGCCAUGAUUCUAGCAAUCAUGAAUUCCAACCUUUCCGAAGAUGGAAAAACCUUGCCGGACAAUGCGACGUUGGCACAGCUGCUACGACCACAUCUGAAGGAAAUGGGGAAGAUGGCGAAACGGGCUAUGCCCUUUGCACAGUUGGUGCGCGAGCGGUUUGAAGCACGCGGGCCCAGUGCCUUGAAACCAGAACUUGAGGUGGAUGAACAUGCAGUUUUACAGGCGAACAAAGCUUAUUUGAUUGCGACUCUCGGACUCCGCGCUCCGGAUGGACUGACGGUACGAUAUGUUGACGAAACGGAGGACGCUCGGAUCCUAGAUCAGGUUUCUCCACUGAAUCCCGUCAUCAUAUUCCAUGACCCACCGCCGUCUGUAUCCAUUAAUUUCAUCAACCCAGACAUCGGAUCUGGUUUGUUUUCUUUGUCUGGAGUCCCUGUAUGUGAUGGCGACUCACCUGCUGAUUUGAUCACUCGUCUGUUACGCGCCUGUCAUGCUUCCAUGCCUGCUUCUAAAGGACUUCAAGACGUUGUUCUCUUCAGACUCGCCAACCCAGAUUCUGACGCUUUCCGGAUACCACCGUAUCCUUCCGAGUGCCUGAAACCCAUCGAACCGUCGGAUAGAUUCAUGGUUGAUCCAAAAACGUCAUCGGUUAUGCUCAAUGUAUCCGGGACAUCCGUUUCUGUUGGGGACCGCUUGAUCUAUCGAGGCGUGCAUUGCCACGUGUCCCGUUUGGGGACCCCCAGAUAUCAGCACCCUGGUAGUAUCCGUGCCAGCAUACAGCCAAUGGAACAUAAUCUCAUUCUGCAUAGACUAUGGCUUGGUGCCAUCGUCCGAAUCGCCCCAGAACGGCGAUCGGCUGCCAGGUCUGCACAAAUUGCGACCCGGUAA